AUGGCGGCAGCUGCGACGGGCGACUGGACAGGGGCUUUUUCCGACGGAGCCUGCUUGGCCGAAUUCGUCUCCGGCGAUGGGCUGCGGAGGCGCGGCGGCGGGUUCUCCAAGUUUGUAGAUCUCAAAAUAAAACUCAAGCAGCUAGACAGAUCUGACAAGGAAUCGAAUUCUGACACAAAUUUUGAACUCCCAAAAGCUAUAAGCCAAAAGAAAGAGCUGACAACAGGGAAGCCCACUCAACAAACCACGUCAGACAAGCUGCAGACUCCAGUCUCGGCCAACCCCAAAAAAGGGAGGACGGCACGAGGAAGUCUGCCUCCAUCGACCACCAGACAGCAGCCAGAGAAAGGGUAG